AAUUCGGAAAGAGGUGGGAGACUUGUCUUGGGCCUCAAGCCAAGACGAGAGCGCCUACGAAAUCUCUUCAUAGUGUAUAUAUAUAAACACCAUCGGAGGAGUUUGGGAAUCAUAUCAUCUUCUUUAAUCAGCAGCAAUUGAUUUUUAGAGAGAGAAAAAUAAACCAGAGAGAUUCAAAAUUCUAGAGAGAGAGAGAGAUGGGAGGAGGAACGGAAGCUUUUCCGGAUUUGGGAAUCCACUGUCAACACCCUGAAUGCAAUCAACUCGAUUUCCUCCCUUUUAAAUGCGAUUCAUGUCGCAAGGCAUUCUGCUUGGAACACAGAUCAUUCAAAUCCCAUAACUGUCCAAAAGCAGAUCACAACAGCAGGAAGGUGGUAGUUUGUGAAACCUGUUCAUCAUCGAUCGAAACAACCGGCCACGAUGGAGACGACGAAAAGGCAAUGUUGGAGAGGCACGACAAGUCCGGGGACUGUGACCCCAAGAAGAAGAAGAAGCCAAUUUGUCCCGUAAGGCGGUGCAAAGAGGUUUUGACAUUCUCCAACACUAGCACUUGUAAGACUUGUGAUGUUAAGGUUUGCCUCAAGCAUCGAUUCCCAGCCGAUCAUGAUUGCAAACAGAGACAGAGCUCCUCUGUGAUUCCUGCUAGGGCUAAAUUUUUGAUUGCUUUGGCUUCGAGGAAUGUUAAUGGCAGUGCUAGUGAUUGUGCAAAGGAAAGUCGUGGUGGUUCGAAUUCUUCACCCAGGAGGACUCCCUCUGUCAAAGCCUGUUAAAAAGUGUUUGAUACUUUGUUAUUGAUGAUUUCAUGUAGUGUGUUUGUUGAACCAUUAUUUUCUAACUUGUCAUGGAUUGUGUGUUCUUCUAUUGUUUAUUAUAAUGACAAACAAAAUCUCUUAUCUGAAUUGUACGUUGAUGAAAUUUGUAAGAUUUAAAAUCCCAUUUUAUUUUGA